UUCAUCCUUAACUGAAAAUAGGAAACUAUUACAUGAAGUCAAAUAUGUGGACAAAAAAAUGAAAUAUUUCUCCUGAAAACAAACAACCAUUUUGAUCCUUGCUAUAAAUCUGAGCUUAUCACGUUUAAAUCAUAUGCACAGUGGAUGAUUUCUCAUCAUGAACCGUGCUUUUAGCAGAAAAAAAGAUAAGACAUGGAUGCAUACUCCUGAAGCUUUAUCAAAGCACUAUAUUCCUUACAAUGCAAAGUUUCUUGGCAGUACAGAAGUGGAGCAGCCCAAAGGCACAGAGAUUGUAAGAGAUGCUGUGAGAAAACUUAAGUUUGCAAGACAUAUUAAGAAAUCUGAAGGCCAAAAAACACCAAAAGUUGAGUUACAGAUUUCCAUAUAUGGCGUAAAGAUUCUAGAUCCAAAAACAAAGGAAGUCCUGCACAACUGCCAGCUCCACAGGAUAUCAUUUUGUGCUGAUGACAAAACUGACAAAAGAAUAUUCACUUUCAUAUGCAAAGAUUCUGAAUCAAAUAAACACUUGUGUUAUGUCUUUGACAGUGAAAAAUGUGCAGAAGAGAUAACUUUAACUAUUGGCCAAGCAUUUGACCUUGCUUACAGAAAAUUCCUAGAAUCAGGAGGAAAGGAUGUUGAAACACGAAAACAGAUUGCUGGAUUACAGAAAAGAAUUAAUGAAUUAGAAACAGAAAAUCUGGAGCUAAAAAAUAAGGUGCAAGAUUUGGAGAAGCAGUUAAGAAUAAGCCAAGUACAUACAUUGCCAGCAAGCAGUGUUACACCAAAAUCUCCUUCCACUGACAUCUUUGAUAUGGUUCCAUUUUCUCCCAUCUCCCCAAAGCCAUCAACACCUACUCGCAAUGGCACCCAGCCUCCACCAGUGCCCAGUAGAUCUUCAGAGAUCAAGAGAGACCUUUUUGGAGCAGAACCUUUUGAUCCAUUCAGCUGUGGAGCAGGAGAUUUCCCUCCAGACAUCCAAUCUAAACUAGAUGAGAUGCAGGAGGGGUUCAAAAUGGGACUGACUCUGGAAGGCACAGUGUUUUGCCUUGAUCCUCUAGACAGCAAGUGCUGAUUGUCAGGAAUAGACAUUUAAAAAUAAUUUCUUUUUACAAAAAUUUAAAAUGUAUUACAAAUAUUAUUGAUGUGCCAAAAAUGUUUCUCAACAUAUUAUCUUCUGUGAGAUUUGCUUCUUCAAAACUCCAGAUGUUGCAGUAUUAUUCCUGUAAAAUGAAAAUUUACUCAUAUACAGAAAGCUAAAAUGAAAUGACACUGCUGUUCGUUUUUUGUCUUCCAUAUUUUCAGGUCAUCCUUUGUAUCUUUUGGCAACUCACUUGUACAGCAUGGGAACCCAUCGAGAAGUCUUUUUAAACUUCCUUGCACAUCACUUUCAGAUAACAAACAAGCAUUUGGAACUAUGAUUGAAAACAACAACUUUCAAAAUAAAAUCCCCACAAUUGCUUUCUUAAUUCCACACAAAUACUGUUGCCAAUAUCAAAUAAUGUUGUAAAAUACCCAGAGUCGCCUCACAGCGAAACAAACACAUUUAAUAAAAAAAUAAAAAUGUAACUAUUUACACAUUCCUGUAAACAAUUACAGUGAGACUGAAAACCAUAGUUCCAGUCUAUAUAAUCUGAAUUUAUAUAACAUACCUUCCUAAUAAAUUGUUAUUAAGGACCAUAAAUCAAGCUAGGUUUCUAAUGAAUUGCAGUGCCCCCAAUAUAUGUUAAUUUUGUGAGUGCACAGCAUUUCUGACUUAGAAGUAAAUGUUAAAGGCAGCCUCUAUGCUUUUUAGGUGCAUUGUAUUUAACAUGCAUCUACUAAAUGAAAUAGAUUAAUAUUUUUACAAUUGCGAUAUCUAAUCUCUUAACUAUACCAAUUAUUAAUAUACCAAUUAUUUUAUAUUAUUUUGUAAUUUAAAAAGCACUCCCUAAAGAUGUAUAAAACUUUGAUUAGAUUUUUCACAUUUCAGAAGGUACUCGGAAAUUUAUACACAAGAACUGAAUUUUUCAGUAAGUCAUACAAUAACUAGCUAUUUUGAACACACACAAACACAUCCAUGUGUACAUAGAAACAUUCCCAAUGUUACACACUAUUUUUAGAAUGGAGGCCCAACAUGGUAUUUCUCAACAUAGUUAUUUGAAAAUCCUAUUGUGAAAGUUAAUUAAAAGUGUGCAUGCUUAAGGGCACUGCUUGUGGUGCAUGUUAAAUUGCUGUGUAAAUGGCAACUUCUCACUUUAAUUGCAAAGAUUCCAUUACUAUAGUGAUGGCAUUCAAAACCUAAACCACACAUAUUUUGGAAAGUGAUCUGAGACCAUUGAUGCAAUUGUACUGUUUGGAUUUAACCUGCCUAGGAUUGUCACCUGAUAAUCCUGUUCAAACCACUUGGAAUAUAAGGGUGACAAAUGGAUAAACAAUUUCAUUUUGAAUCCUAAUGAAAAAAUUACAAAUUACUAUCACACAAGAAAUCAAGAUAAAAGAAUUUAAGGUAGAUUCUUAAUGAAGGAAGAUUAGGUUUAUAACUUCUGCAAGGGAGCUUAUUACUGAGAUAACUUUGUCUCUGCAUAGCAAUAAAUGAAAUUUUGGUUGUGCAUUUCUUUGUAUUCAUAAAUUAAGUUGCUUGUUCAUUUUUUUCCAUUUUCCAUUUUUAUCAAAAGUGUACAUGUACAAAAACUUGUUUACCUUUCUCGGAAAGUUUUUCUCUCCUGUAAGGAGCCUUUCACUGUAAAGAAGACAGGGGGAAAUGCUUUUUUUUAUAUAAAGAAAGAUAAAGAGAAGUGCUCAGGAGAAAUGGGAAA